GGAAUUUACAGUUUGGAUCUAAAAAGGACCUCAAGCUCCUGAAAAAGAAUAUUACGCCAUUCCUCACCUUGUUAGGUCAGGUUGAAUUGGUUAAUCAUAUAAUGCUCACGUUGUUUCCACAAAGAUUUAAUUUAGGAAAAGAACUGAAUUAACCUUAUCCGCUCGUUUGGUUUGUCACUCUCCACGUCCCUCACCCAAAAACACUAGGCUUUUCGCCUGGUACCAAAUCAACCACUUGUGCCUACCAAAUGGCUAGCUGAGAUGACCUAACAAAAGUACAACAUACAAAGACAUUAGAAUUUUCCCUAACCUUCCUCUGCCACUCUUUUUGUGGAGAUGACCAUGUCUCUUGCAUCACCACUUCCGCCAAUUCCUUUUUCUUCAACCAAUUCAAAGCUCGUCGGAUCAGGGAAAGUAACCCACAAACUGGUAUUUGUGAGAAGUUCCUCCAAUGGCUCUGAGGGGACACCAUCUCCUUUAAGAAGGCCUGGUGCUCCCAUCAAGGAGGCCACCCCUCCCAUUAGGCCUGUCGCUCCAGUUAAGCCUAUUCUUCCAUCUCCUCCACCACCUUCUUCCUCUGAUUCUUCUCCUCCCAGUCCUCCUCCCCCAUCAGUGCUUUCCACAAUGCCUAGUACAUCGGCGGUGACGAUUGAGUUUCAGAGGCAGAAAGCCAAGGAAUUGCAGGAAUACUUCCAGCAAAAAAAGGCGGAGGACCAGGUUUCGAAAAGCAAGGCCUUUGGGUUCACUCCAAAGAACGAGAUUUCUAAUGGAAGGUGGGCAAUGUUUGGUUUUGCAGUUGGAUUACUGACCGAGUAUGCAACAGGUUCAAGCUUUGUUGAUCAGAUGAAGAUACUCAUCUCUAAUUUUGGAAUAGCAGAUCUUGAAUGAUAAAUAUCUAGAAGGCUACACCAGAGAAAGGAGGUUACAUUCACUACGUGAGCCAUUUGUUAAGGGUUUGUAUGAUAAUUUUGAACAAGAUUAUAGGCAUCGCCACUCUUAUUGUUACUUCACAAAUUUUUUUGUGUUGUGAGUUUGAAAUUCUUUGACCAGUAUGUUUGUUGAUUUGAUUAUUAAUAUUAUUCACUAGCUCUCAAACAAAAAUGAAAGAAAGACCUCUCGAACCAAUUUUUUUUUGGUUUCUUGCAACCAUGGCUGCAAACUAACAACACUUGGAGAUAUAAUAUAUAAACUGUUUGUAAA